AUGCCAGACUGGCGGACGCUAGUCCUCUAUGAGCUUCAUGUUGGCACUUUUUGCGGCCACGAAGGUUGGUCGGGCAGUGCGACUUUGGACAUGUGCAUCCCAAAGCUGGAUCACUUACUUGAGCUUGGCAUCAACGCAGUAGAGCUGAUGCCUGUUGCAGAGUUUGAUGGUGAGGUUGGUUGGGGAUACACGACAGCCUAUCCCUUUGCGGUCGAACACGCCUAUGGAGGGCCAGACGCCUUCAAGCGCUUCGUUAAUGCAUGCCACAAUGCAGGCAUAGCGGUGAUCAUGGAUGUUGUCUACAACCACUUGGGCCCAAUGGACCUGCCCUUAUGGCGCUUCGACGGCUGGUUUGAGAACGACCUUGGUGGGAUCUAUUUCUACAAUGAUGAGAGGGCGGAGACACCAUGGGCCCAUACGCGUCCCAACUACGGCUUGGAGCAUGUGAGGUCUUACAUCAGGGACAAUGUGCUGUUUUGGCUGGACACAAUGCACUGCGAUGGCUUGCGAGUGGACGGGGUCAGCUUCAUCCGAUUAUGGGGUGGCUCCGAGACCAACCGCAGCUCAGCCACCUUCAACCCAGAAGGGGAGCAAAUGCUUAAGGAGGUGACCGAGACUGCUCACAAGCUUGAGGGAAAGCUGAUGAUUGCAGAGGACUUACAGGGCAAUUUGACGCUUACCGAAGAGAUUUCUAGUGGGGGUCUGGGUUUCGACAGCCAGUGGGAUGGCUCCUUUCACUGGCCGGUAUUUCAUGUCCUGGCAAAAGAGAAGGACCAAGAUAGGCGCAUGGACAGGUUGAGAGAUGCAGUGCUAGGUGAGCUUGGGUCCCAUGGAUCCCUCCACCGGAUCAUCUAUGUCGAAAGCCAUGAUGAGGCAGGUAGGCAGAGACUCCCUUCAGUGGUCUCCCCCGGACGACAGCAGUCUUGGAUGGCUGCACGCCUGGCAGCCCUGGGAUCCGCGUUGGUGAUGGUAAGCCCAGGCAUCCCCAUGUUGUUCCAGGGCCAAGAUUUCCUGAUUGAAGAUGCAUUCUCUGCAGGCUCCCCUUUUGAUUGGGCCAUGAAGACUACCCAUGCGGGCACCUUCAGCCUUCAUAAGGAUUUGAUCAGCUUACGUCGCAACUUGCUGAACACAAGCAGAGGGCUCCAAGGUGAAGGGGUAAAUGUGACCAUUGAUGAGGAGAACAAAGUGUUGCUGGUUCACCGCUGGGACCUUGGUGGUCCGGGUGAUGAUGUGUUGGCAGUGUUCAACUUCCAGCGCAAGUUCUUGAGCCACCACCAAUUGACGUUUCCAUUCCCAGCUGAGUGGUUUCUUGCCUUUAACUCGGCAGAUGCGCGCUACCACAACAGUGCUACAGUCUUCCAUCUGAAUCCCGAAGAAGACAAGACCACUACCAGCACCGACUUGUUCCUCCACCCUUACAGCUGCGUCAUCUACACCCGCCGGCCUCCUCUAUUGAUUUGA